UCUCUCCCCCAUUUGAUCAUCUUUCUGAAGGCUUUUGUAAUACAUAAAACGUACUUUCUUUAAUCUUGAACACAGAAGGACCGAAACUUCCGACGGCCACCUUUUCAUCGAGUAGUCCGUUUAAAUUUUCAGCCACGACGGCCAACCCAAUGUUACACUCAGCCACAGCUUGAUUGCUCCGUCUUCUUCCUUGUUCUGCUAACUAUAGAUCUAAUUGACCUACAAGAGAAAUGCGAGUCAUCUGACUCACUCUCCUCCUCGCUUACUCUUAUUAUAGGAGUGGCACGCUUUCCAGAUAGUGCACCAGUCAUUCCUAGGACGGAACAGAGUGGGCAGCCAUUUUCUCACACUUACGAGUGUCUGAUGACGAUGGGACUUGCUCACCCAUCCUCUGCGUACCGGGUCUGGGAGUUUCGAUACCCCUCGAACCAGUAGUUGUCUUUUUUGAGUUCUCUUCUUCCAUGCUUAGUUUAUUAGUCAUCUCAGUCACUACUAGGCCUAGGAUCCGCAGUGACAUCACAAUGUUCUAAUGACGAUGUAAUGGAGGCUUGUUCGGUCACCUCCCUUGUACCAGGCUUGCAGGUAUGUUAUCCACUGCACCAGUAGGUGUCUUCGUAAUGAAAUCUUCCAUUUUUUUUUUAAAUGUGUUCCUUUUAGUCGUCUUCUAUAACAUCACGUUGGGCUUAUUCUGUCCCCGGAUUUAUAGGGGGAAAUCUAGUGUGCCUAACCUAAUGUCAUCGAUCCGUAAAUCAGCUGCGAUUAUUUUGCGGCUGAAGUUAGAAAUUUGGUUCUUAUAUAUGAUGAGUGACGAACUUCGGCGACUCAAUAUCAGAUGGCGACAUUAUCCCCAUCCUGGUUGCCGACCGAAGAAAAAGACGUAGAACUUGAAAUUGGAAUGAGACAAUGGAAAUUGAAACGCGAAAACGGUUGACGUUAUACGAUGUACUUAUUGAUUAGGAUUUUCUGAAUUCAGAGCACAUAGUAGUCAUGAAACGAAGAAAAGAGUAAAGAAUCAUGCCGUAAAUGAUUUGGUAUUAGUACAAAUUACAGGCGAGCCUGCAGAGCAUUAUAGAAGUAAGAUGAUACUUUCAAAAUAUAAAAAAUCAUCCAAUACACGGAUUGUUCCACUAAACCACUGUGAAAUGGAAUAUUUACGACAGGAGUUUGGAUGACUGCGGACCGAAUCGGUACAAUUUGUGACACAACAUGGUAAUGCGGCCAUGAUGAUUUCAAAAGCGUGGCCAAAAAAAUACAUUGGAUGCAAUAUCUGUGUGUGGAAUACAAUGAGGAGGAAGAAAGUCAAUGCAGUCACAUUAUGAAAGAGUCCAAUAAUAUAAUAUGAAUUGUUCGGUUAUUUCAUGAGUUGUUGUAUUUUUCAUGUUUUUCAUUUAUCUACUGUAGAUAUUCCGCUUUACUUAUCUGUUGUGGUUACCGAAGAUGGUAUGAUGGUGUGAUUAUCUGUCAGUAACUUAGUAAUGAGGAUUUGUACAUAUAUAUAUAUACAUUUAAUACAAUGUUUUUUUUGAGCAUAUAAUUCUAACAGUAAAAUGUUCUUUCUCAGACAUCAUUCAAAGAUCUUAUAAAAUUAUUCUCUAACUAUAGAGAAAUUAAGAGUUGCUUCUUAUGAAGAAGUGCAAGAAAUAAUAACUAUGCAUUUGUUACGUUGUUAUCUAUAGUGUAGAUGCAGCUCUAAGUUGCAGAUACGAUAAAGGAAUAGGAUAAGAUUGCACAAUUAAAGAUUUAAAGGAGCAGCUGAUCCUUCACAUCAACUAGAUAGUAUAAAGAAUAAAUAUUACAUCGUAAAGAAACAUAGAUCAAAAUCUAACAAAGUGUUAAAUGAUGUUAUAUCUGGAUUACUUACAAGAUGACAUUAGUAUUCAAACAUUAAGUGACGACUGUCUGAUGUAUAUUUUUCUUGAAUUGCCCAUUGUAAAUAGAAUCAGAAAAAGAGUGUGCAAGAGAUGGAAAGCAUUAAGUCAAGUCUGCUGGCGUAGUAUAAAAGAACUGGAUUUAUCGUGGCACAAAGAGAAGAGAAAUAUAUGUAUGCGAUGUGUUUCCUAUUUAAAUGAAAUAAAUCUGUUUCUACUACCUUACGGUAUUUUAAGAUCUCGAACACUAAUGAGCGGAAUGUGUUUAUUGUGUUUACCAUUGGAAGAAACAGAAGAAAUUGUUCUAAAAUCUUUCUUAUCGCAGGUAAAAUUCCGAGUUUAUUUUAACCGCUUUUCAGAAAGCUUGAUCCUAACGAGUGAUUAAUAUUUUUCAGGCAAUUGCAAAUUUACAAAGCUUGCAAACUUAA